GGUUUUGAACGCAUCAUAUCCGCGCAUGCCUGUUCUAGCUGCUGCAGUUCUCUGAAGAAUUAAGUCACACUAAGGUAAUUCUCUGUUCUCAUUUAAGUCAAACUCAUAUUUGUUGACACUUUUCUUACUCUUACUGCAAACCAAUAGACCGUUUUAUGUUGAAGUGGCUGGGUGAGUAAGCCGUGGUCAUGUUAGCCAUGGCGUAUGUUUGUUUAGGACAGUUUAUUAGCUGAAUGCUAGCUCACGGGCUAGCUGUCACUAAGAUAUUGUUUCGCAUUUUGUCAUCUUUCUUUUUCACUUCAAUUCCGCAAAGACAGUUUUGACAACUUAAGCCACCUACCUGUCGAAUGUUACUGAUGUUAGCAGCAUUUUCGGUUUACGGGGUGAUUUACGUUAGCGUCGACUUUAAGUUUACCGGUGUUCUAUCAAAUAAUGCAUGCUGUCGAGAAAAGGUUCUAAUACGUCUACGCCUGCCCAGAGAACGGGAGCCAGCUACCACAUUGAAUAUAUCUCCCGAAGAUUUUGAUAGAAAUUCUGUUGUAAACUAUCAAAAUAUGCUCCGUAUAUUCUGCUAUGGGAAAAUAAGUGAUGUAACAAAGAGAGAUUCCAUAUAGUGUGUAUUAUAUCAAAGGGGAUAUUGACCGCUUCUGCUGUCGAUUCGUGGAACGGGAGCACUUGCAGACAAGGCAGCUGAAUUGGACAGAACACCAAGCCAAACAGAGCCGAUAGUGUCGGUGUCAUGAAUACCAGCCUAAAACAUACUUCAAUGAAAAUGUGUGUUUAAAAUGUGAAGUUUUGCAAAACGGUUGGCAAAAAUUCCCGGGUGCUUACCUGAUCAUUAUGUUUUCUGACCUGUUUGAACGCACCUAUAUAUUAUUUAAAUUUGACUAGAUUUGGGCGAGAGACCUCAGUUUUGAGUGAUGUAAAGGGAUUUAAAAGACAUACUUGUACUGAAGCAAAAACUAUUCAGUAGCACUUGUUUUAGACUACCAUGUGUUAAAAAAAGCCCAUAAUUGAUUGAAAACAGCAAAGAAAACACAUAAAAUGUUUGGGUUGAUUUUCUCUUUAAAAAGUAUUUGUAGUAUUUUUAAUAGUUUAAACGGGGUUUAAAUGGACUAACACCACCAGUUUUAUUUUUCUAUUAAUAUUUUGUUCAUGGCUCUGCUAUUUUUUCUAAGUUAGUGUUGUUAAAAGGACAUUUUAGAUUAAAAAAUAGUAACAAUAAUACAUUUUCUGACUUUUAACUUAAAGUUUAAAUGUGAGAUGGAAAUAUUACAAAGAUUUACGAACACACUAGUGCAAAGUAUGAUAUUUCAAGAGUGUAAACAUAUUAAUACAAUUAUUUCAGUUGUGUCCAGACAAGAUAUGUUAGUUUUCCUGGGUUAGGACACAAAAGUCCUUUCAAUUUUGUUGUCCCAGGAGUCAAUACCCUUUAUUUAUCUGCCUUUGUUAUAAACAUUAUUCAAUUUUUCCACAUCUGGAACAAAUGACUAAUAUGACAUUACAUUAAAGCUGCUGUUCUACGUGAAAAAAAGCUAAGAGUACUAUUUCAGGAAAGUAUGUGUGAAAAGAAUCAAUACUGAUUGACUGUAAGCAUUUGUCACACAGCUGUUUUUCUAUAAUUCCACACAUAAGAUAUUAUAAAUGUUAAUUUUCCUUUUUCAUCACCAGCUGUGUUCUUGUGUCUUUUCCAGGUGUGGCCAUGGGGGAGUCUUUUUCCCUCUUCUUUAAGCAGAGUGGACACGAUGAGGGUCAAGACAUCCUCACGUCCCCUCUGGAGGACAGCCAAUCUGAGGAAGUGAAGAACGGAGACGUCUCCCAGUUUCCUUAUGUGGAGUUUACAGGACGGGAUAGCGUGACGUGUCCAACGUGUCAGGGCACAGGGAGAAUCCCAAGAGGUAAGAUGGCUGUGUUCACAGUCAGGAUGAGUGAGUCUUUAGAUGUCUGACUUUUAAAACCUCAUGAUUUUGUAAUGUCUAGUUUUAAUACUUCUCUAAACUGAGGGCAUGUUGCAAGAAAACACAAAGACUAAGUUUCCCAAACAGCUGACUGUGACUCACUGAUUGUUUGUUUUUCAGGACAAGAAAAUCAACUCGUGGCAUUGAUUCCAUACAGCGAUCAGAGGCUGCGGCCAAGGAGGACGUGAGUACUGCUCUUUGUGUCACUGUGAAUAGAGCAGCUGCGUUUGAAGUGACACAAAGCUUUAGAAGUAAACAUUUCUGGAGCGCUGUGUCAGUUCAACUCACUUCUAGGUGUUUCUCAAUUGUCAUGUAGUAACAGUGUCUUAAAACUCUGUUAUCCGAUGAAUUUAAUCUGCAUUAAUGAGAGUUUUUGCAGAUUUUUCUCUAAAGUAGUUGAUUGUGAAAUAAAUCCACUUAGCCUAAACCUCCUGGUCAAAGAUUCAAAUAUUGUUUUUCGAAUGUUCAGGUAAAAUAAAGACUAAAAAGCAACAAUCAACACCUUCUGUGUUCCUGCAGAGGAAUUCAGAGGGAAAGCUUUCAUUUGUCUGAAAACGAGUUCAAUCUGACAGAUUUUCUGUAAACAGAGUGACAAAGUCCAGCAAACUCCUGCUCUGUUUGAGCCAGUUUUCCAAUAUGCACAAUUAUAACCGGUUGACUGAUCAUUUGAUUAUGUGUUAGAACACUGAAAAAAAAUUCAACACAACACUUUUGUUUUUGCUCCCAUUUUUCAUGAGCUGAACUCAAAGAUCGAAUAUUUUUUCUGUGUACACCAAAGACCUAUUUCUCUCAAAUAUUGUUCACAAGUUUGUCUAAAUCUGUGUUAGUGAACAUUUUUCCUUUGCUGAGAUAAUUCAUUCACCUCACAGCUGUGGCAUAUCAAGGUGCUGAUUAGACUGCAUGAUUAUUGCACAGGUGUGCCUUAGACUGGCCACAGUAAAAAGUGUUGCAUUAAUAUCUUUGUUCAGUGUAUUUAUGAAUUUCUAAAUUUGAUUCAUUUUUUUUAUAUCAAGUUGAGGUUUAGAGUCCUGUCUUUGGAUUUGUAGUGAACCUGGUGUGUUGGAAGACUUGCACACUAAUUUUGUGUGUGUGUGUGUUUUCCUUUUCAGGAAGUUGUACGUAUCGGCCUCAGUGGUUCUCUGCUUGUUGCUCUCCAGCCUUGCCGUCUUCUUCCUCUUCCCUCGCACCAUUGAUGUUUCCUACGCUGGGGUGAAGUCUGUUUUUGUCAGCUAUGAUCAAGCUAAACACAGCGUCUAUCUCAACAUCACGGUGAGAUUUUGAGACAGUUGCACAAUAAUUUCAUAACAAUGAGUUUUAAAAGGCCCUGAAUGUUGUAGGACAGAUAGAGCUCAUGUGUGGUUUUCAUUUUUUUUUUUCUUUUUUUUUUUGGUGAAACAAAAAUGCGUGAAAUUGUGUGUCAGCAAUAAAAAAUUUCAUUCAUGAAAAGAGAGAAAAAGGGAAAUAGAUAGAUAACUACAAUAAAAUUAUUACUAAUACUAAAUACAGAAUUUAAAAAAGCAAAAAAAUAAAUAUAAUAAAAUAAAUUUAAGGACAAAUGUUUUUAUUAAUAAAUAUUACAUAUAUGUAUGUAUGUAUGUGUGUACAUACAUAUAUAUAUAUAUAUAUAUAUAUAUAUAUAUAUAUAUAAUAUUAAAAACUGAAAAGCUGGAAGUAAAAAACAGAAUAAUCGCAAAAUUGAAAUAAAAAAAAUUGAAAUCAAAUUUUAAAAAGACAAUAUACACAAUGAACAAAAAUAAAGAAAACUGGAUUUAAUUUUUUCAAUGUCUUUGUAUUUUACUGCUUUAUAGUACAUUACAUUAUAGUAAGUAAUGUCUCUGCUGCCCUCUUCAGGGCAAGUAUUUUCUAACUAAAGAGUUGCUGAAAGGUUGGUGUGUGGUUGAAAACUGCUUCCGUUUUUCAAAAAAUGGUAAAUCUAUACCGGGCGUUUUCAAUGACACACCCUUAAAUACAGAUGCUGGUGUUGUAUUGGUGUGCUCUGUAAAUGCAAAAAAACCCUCUGAUGUUUGUAGUUCUUGCAGUUCUCCAGCAGGAGGAGCACAGCACUCUUUAGCAAGUGGCAUCUUUGUGCUGUUUGACUCCUUUCCUCCAUCAAUGACAGAGGAACUGUCUAACAGAUGACUUGAUCAUCAGUGGGUUAAAUUGAGUACCCACUUGGCUGUUUCACCAUUUAAAUGCCUGCUUGUCCUCCAGAACACUCUUAACAUCACCAACAACAACUAUUACUCAGUGGAGGUGGCCAACGUCACAGCUCAGGUCCAGUUUGCGAAGACUGUGAUUGGAAAAUCUCGCAUCACUAACACCACUGCCAUCGGUCCUCUGGAUAUGAAACAGGUACUGACCCACAGGCCGGCACAGACCUUCUGUUAAACUUUGACUCUGAGCUGAUGUCUCCAUUUCUGUUUUCAGAUUGAUUAUAUGGUCCCAACCAUUAUCGCAGAUGAGAUGAGCUACAUGUAGUGAGUAACAUCAGUAGCUGUUUUUUUAUUGUCAGUACAAAGUGUGAAGUUAACAGGUGAGGUGCUUCCUCUUGCUUUUUAUUGACAACCUCUCCUCAUUCGACAUGACUGUCAACAUAAUUUGACGCAAGAGAUGCUAAGCUAUGGCAAAAAUCCUGAUUUUGCUCAUUUUUAUUGAUAUUGACGUCGAACAAAACCUACAAAAUCCAUUCAAAAGGACUAAGAGAUAUUUCAAGCAUUAAAGCAUGUAUUUCACUUGUGCUUGUUUUAAUUUUCAGUGACUACUGCACUCUGGAAACCAUCAAAGUCCACAACAUAGUCGUCAUGAUGCAGUAAGUUUGGUCAAGUCAUGUGUUUAUCCAGGAAUUUUCCCAGAACUCCUGAGUUUAAAGUCAGAAAUCUGAUUUUAGACUUAGACUUACUGAGCUAAUCUCAGAGUUUUAAGUCAGAAAGUCAAUGCAAAAAAUCCAGUUUCAUUGUUUUUUUUAGUUCCCCCAUGACUUAUAGGGUCUUUAAAUCGCAGCUUAUUCUGUUUGUGUUAAAAUACAGAUACAGUGCAGGGUCUAUCUACAAAUUUGGUCACUUUCUUUUAAAUCUGUCAGUUUGAUUUGUUGUUUGUUUUGAUGUUUUUUGUGAAUUAAAAUAGUUUCAGCAUUUAAAAAAUAAUUAAAUUAAAAACAAAACUAUAUUUAGGCCAGUAUGAUGCUAAGUUUCAUCUAAUUAUGGCUCAUUGAGUAGAGCUGUUCACAGUGGAUAUCAAAUGUGCUGUAUUUAUUAAAUAGGCUCCAAACUUCACAAACUUUCACUGAAAUAUGUUGAAAAAACUGCUGCAGAUUCACAUGAUUUUACAUCUUCAAUUUGUCUGUCCUCUCUCCCUGCAGGGUCACUGUCACCACUACGUACUUCGGUCAUGCGGAGCAGGUUUCUCAGGAGAUGUAUCAGUACGUGGACUGUGGAGGAAACACCACCUCCCUCAGAGCUACGAUCACCUGCUGAGUAAACCUGAAGUUAGCCUUCACAUGUAUCACUCCACCUGCAGUAUCUGCUCUCACAAAACCACCAUUUUUACUCCGUUACUAGAAAAAUUCAAAACUAAGAAACAUGUGCAGUUCAUUCAGAGUUGCAAUAAAUUGCUGACUUUUAGAGUAACUGCAGAAACGUUAUUUUAGUUAUGGCACCAACACCUGGAAACAAACCCUGCCAAACUCAAAAAUGUAAGUUUUGAUUUAUUCCCGACAUUCAGUGUUAACUUUUAAAGCUAAUAAGUCUCCGUUAAAUGAUUCUGGGGUUUUACUUGAGAUGGUAUUUCAAAGUUUGAUACUUUGGAUACUAACUACCCCUGAAUUUAAAAGAGAUGGUAUGCUGUUUAAAAUAUGUAUAAAACAGAUAGUACACAUUUGCUGACUGUGUCUGGCACAUAAUCUACAAAAAAGAGCUCUGAUGAGAUACUUAAUACUCGAACCUUUUCAAAAGAAAUGUAUCUUCAUUUUUCAACAACAUUCCCAAACUUGUUGCAAUAAAGAAACUUAAAGAUAGUUAAAAAGCCACCAUGACUGCCUACUUACCAUGAUGGAACUUUAGGUUAUAUGAUUUAGUGUUUAACAUUUCAAGUGGCAUCAUAAUCUAGUUUGCAGUGCCUACACUGACAUCUAUAGACUCUUUUGUGAUGAGCCAUCAUUCAUGAUUCAAACUAAUCAGCAGGAAUAAGACUUGAUCAGUACAUUUGACUACCUUCUUAACCCUUAUGCACUUUAUAGGUCUCUUUGAUAAGCACAUUCAUUCGUAAUACUGAGUUACAGAGGCUGACCAGGCUGACCGACCUACAAGUGCAAAAAUAAGCAAUCAAAAGAGAUGUGCAAAAGCCCUAAACAAGUGUCACAAUGGAAACAUCAAAAACAAAUGUGCUGCAAAUACAUGAACAAGGCAAUUAUAAAAACAUGGAAACACAGAAAACACACCAUUGUGAACACAGAUCAUCACUGCAUCCACAAUGAGGUUAAAACUGAACCAUUGAAAGACGAGGCCACAUAGAAACGGGAUCCAGAAACAAGUAAAAGAUAAACUGAAGAACUAAAAUUGAGGUCCUUUUUGGAAACUGUGGUUUAAACUGAGGGAUGAGAAGCAUAUAUAAACACAAGGCCAUUUAAGACAGACUGAGGGCAGCAGGAAACGAAGGAAUCAAACUUCUCCUAUCAGCCCACAGUUCAAAAGCAAGUUCAAGUUGUCUUUGCAGCACGUUUCUAUCCUUGCAUUUGUUUUUGAUGUCUCUUUGAGGAUGUGUUUCUUCUGAUGAAGAUCAUUCUGGCUGUUACAGGUCGGUUAGCUCUGUCAGUCACUGUGCGUGGUCCUCUCAAGCCUCAUGUACCACUUGUGAGACUCCGAAGGACCAGCAGCAAUGUUAAUAAUAAUAAUAAUAUCAUCAGAGUGUUUCAAGACUGUAGUGUUUGAGAGUUAGAUAAGCUUAAGUUAUUUUUAGUGUUUUGUUCUUUUUAUCAGUUCAGCUGCUUUAUCUACCGUAGUGUUUGUUUGGGGGUUUAUAGUUUGUGUUACAACUGUUUUUGUCUCUGUCAUUGUGAUGAAGUUACAUCUUUUAAUGACACGUGGAAAUUUUGCUUUUAUGUGCAAAUAAUAUUCCACAAUUCAGCUAUUGCUUUGACAUAAUUAUUGGUUUAUUACAGUAUCUUUCAACUGUAUUUCUAUAUUCCUACAGAGGUAACAGACCUUUAUCUUAACCAAGGAGAAGUUUUCCCUCUGUUCAGAGCCAGCAGACUCCAUUGACAAAAACAGUGAUAGUACCCAGGAGUUACUGUGCUUUUUUUUUUCUUUCUUUUUUACCAUUUAAACUUCAUAAAUAUGCAAAUCAAGCUGCAGAUUUCCAAUUACCGGGAAUCUCAUUUAAAGCUCAGUCUCACCAGCAAAAACAAGCAAUUUCUAAGCAGCUCCUCCAGUCAUUGGACUUGCCCUGCAGUCCAUCCUUGAGAAGUGCUUUUGCACUGUUUCAUUGAAAGGAAAAUAAGCUUCACCUUUUUUCAGAGCUGUGAACACACCAACUCACCUCACCAGAAAGUUUUCUAUUUUCCCUCAGUUUUCAGUAAGUCAAAACCACUCUCACUACCAGCAUUUUUCAAGUUAUACCACUUAAUUCUGCUACACCAUAUCUCUGAUUUAUUGAUUACUUACUGUGUGACUUGUGUUAGAAACACUACAGCCAUGAUUGAUCAGAAAACUACUAAAGCUCAGAUCCUGUCAGGUUGUUUUCCUUUUGUUUUUUAAAACUUAUAUAUUAAAGUAUAUUAUUAGCAGUGUUUUGGUGUUCAUGCAAAUAGAAGCUCUAAUUUCCUAACAUUCCCUGAAUGCACCGUUAUAUUCUGCUGUGUCUUUCCUGCUGAGAAAAAUUUCUCAUUAAUAGUAUUUGGCAUUUUGUUGCUUUGCAUAUUUCACUCGCUAAUCACUGCUGAAUUCUCCCUAAUGUGGAGGAAUGGAGAUGAAUGUUUUGAGCAAUAUUUCACUUGAAGUAUCCUGUUAAAGGAACUCUAUUUUUCAUAUUCGAUCAUGAAUCAUACAGAGAUUGUGAUUUUGUAUAAUUUAUGUUUCCAUGCUGUAAAUAAUUAUGAUACCAUACAAAAUCUUCAUACAAAUUUUGAUUUUGGCUUUAGCAGAAUGUUUGCACUCAAUGGGAUUGAUAGAACAGCACAUUUAUGAUCUGUUACAUGAUUUUAUCUCUAACAUGCAUCCUCACCGCUGGUUAAAAUAUCAACAUUAACAUUUGAAAAGCUUCUUUAGCAUCCUACCUCUUUGUCAUUAAACAUGUUUGCUCAGUGACUAUGUAUUGCAGAAGGAUAAAUAAAGUUUAAAUUACAGUCAA